GCAGGAGCAUGUGUGUGUCCUGAGAGGCCCACUGCUACUCUAGUGUGACGAGGGAGCACAGCCAGUUUAAGAUGAGCACAGAAACAACAGAGGAUUUUUAUGAAUCGGAGGACGAAGAUGAGGCCACGCAAUAUGUAAUUGAACAAAGUCUGAUGCAGUACAGAAAGCUUAAAGGAUUAAACCCAAGUGAUCUGAAACCCAGCAAAGACCCAGAUGAAAUUUUCAAAGCCAUCAAAGAGGGUGAUGAAGUUGCUCUGAGGAAACUAACAGAGCAGCUAGAGCUUCUGGCCAGAGUCGAUGAGCGAGGAUGGAUCCCUCUGCACGAGGCCGCAGUAAAGGAUGACAGAAGGAUACUAGAGAUGCUCUUCUCAGCAUCACCACCAGGAGCAGCUCAGUGUCGUUCUCUGAAGGGUGAGACGCCUUUGUUUCUAGCGGUGGUCCACGGAAUUCGUGAGAACGCCACGUUCCUGUUACAGAACGGUUGUGACCCAGAUGUGCAGAAUGAUGAGCAGGAUUCUCCCUUGGUGGCAGCCAUUCUGAAUGAUCAGUAUGACUUGGCCACACUUUUGCUUCGUUACAACGCCAAAACGGAUCAAACAGGACCACUAAACAGGACCGCGCUACAUGAGUCUGCCUUUUUAGGCUUGGACAACUUUGUGCAUCUGCUGUUGGAGUCGGGUGCUGACCCAAAUGCUCUCGAUAUCAAAAAGAAAACUCCACUUUCUUUGGCUGCACAGAAUGGACACCUGAAUGUGGUGGAGGCUCUACUGCAAAAAGGAGCCCGUUUGUGGUCUGAAUCCGAGUCAGAGUCAGGUACUACUUUGUUUGAUGCAGCAGCAUCAGGACAUCCAGACAUUAUCACCUUGCUGCUGGACCAUGGAGCAGAUCCCAACCUCCAGCUUCACAAUGGACACCUGCCAAUACACCGAGCGGCCUAUCACGGACACAGACUAGCAUUGGAAGUCCUCAUCCCAGUGACAAAGAUGCAAGCUGUCAAAGAAAGUGGAAUGAGUCCUCUUCAUUCUGCAGCUGCUGGGGGACACACUCAAUGUGUUGAAAUACUGCUGAAAGCUGGCUAUGACCCAAACUUCAUGCUGCACCCAAGGGUGCGUCGCAGCUACGAUGAUGACCACAGGUCUGCCCUCUUUCUUGCUGUGUCCAAUAGUGAUCUUCACUGCACCCACUUGCUGUUAGAGUCUGGAGCAAUGGUCAACCAAGAUCCCAUCAGCUGCCUACAGGUGGCUCUCAGACAGGGAAACUAUGAACUCAUCAACAUCUUGUUGAGAUACGGGGCAAAUGUCAACUACUACUCACGUGUCAACACUACUCACUUCCCCUCGGCGCUGCAAUACGCCUUGAACGAUGAGGUCAUGCUGAGAAUGAUUCUGAACCACGGUUAUGACGUAAAGCGCUGCUUUGACUGUCCUUUUGGAGAGAGUUCCCAUGGUUAUGCACCUUGGACAACAUCAGUCUUCAAAGACAUGGUGUUCUGUGAGGUGAUAACAGUGUCAUGGCUAAAGCACCUGUCUGCCCAGGUGGUGCGCAUCAUGCUGGACUACACUGACCACGUCUCCUUCUGCCCCAAACUAAAGGAGACCUUGCAGGAGCAAAAGCAGUGGCCAGAAAUCUGUCACAUCCUAAGAAAUGCACGAAGCCUGAAGCACCUGUGUCGGUUGCAGAUAAGGGAGCACCUCAAUUGUUUGCGCUUGAGAGCGCCUGUUUUUAUCAACUUCCUUCCACUUCCACCCAGGCUGAAAGACUACCUACGCUUUAAGGAGUUUGAUGUUUACAGCAGAGGGAGCAUGGUUAUCCCCUAAUGAAAAAAAAUCAAAGAAAACUAAGUUACAGUUUUAGUAAAAAUCUAAUUUGUUUUUUGUUAUUGUGUUUUAAAUUUUCACUUUAUGUGAUUUUCUUGUGAUUAUAACACUGGGUCAUGUUAGAAGAGAUAUAAAGUGUAUACAUAGAAAGUUUGACCUUCUUUUACAGUGACUUUUUUGGUUAGAUGAUACAACAAAUAUAAAUGUUUGGUCAUUUGGGGGGGGGGGGGCUUUGUCUCUUUGACCCCACUUUGUAGCCAAAGAAAGAAUUACAAGUGAAGGUGGUCUCCAUCACCAUGUACUAAAGUUAUCAUUUAAUAGCUAUAAAGGAGUUUUUAAAAAGUAAAAAGAAAAAAAUAAUAAUAAGAAAGAUUUAAAAAAUCCUAAACAAAUGUGUUUUUAAUCAAAGUAAUUCACAAAUACUAAGUACAACUUUGCAUAAUAAACGUUAAACUG